AGAAUCAGCUAGCUGAAUUAAAAAAACCCAUUAAAGCGUCUCCUUGGGAGAAAGUUAAAAUGUUCGCAGGCCAACGAGAACGUGUCAAUAAUUCGCCACCUCAUAUGCGAAGGUUACGUUUAAGAGGAGAUUGGUCUGAUACUGGACCAGAUGCACGUCCAGAAAGAGACACAACGACAACUGUCAGUAUUGGUCAAGCGAGACCACAAUUACAUGCCACUUUGAUGCAGCGUAUGACCGAUGUUCUCUCACAAAUGUUGAAUGAUCCAAUGACAAGAGCGGCUUUGAGUGCAGGAGGAGAGAAUGAAACGUCGCAAAGAAAUAUUUUAGGUGAAAGACAAAGUAAUUCGUCUGCUCAGGAAGAGAACGCAGAACAGCCGGUGGAACAAAGUCAGAAUGAAGCGGAAGGAGAGCAAAGUGUUCACACAGAGGCAGAAGAAGUUGCCACAACAAGCAGCUUCUAUCAGAAGCCGCUCCCCACCGGAAAGGAUGUUAAUCAAAUAAAGCCAAUAAAAGGUAUCCAUUCUCUGGAUUGUCGAAGUAAACAUCACUGUGUCUAUGAAAUAGAAACAUCUACCCUACACUCCCAUUGUAAAACCCCACCGGACUUUUCCCUGAACCAGCUCGUCUACAUCUGUCAUGCGAAUUUCCGUUAUAGCAGAACAAGCCUCCGAUUUCGAUCCGGUUAGUUACCUGCCGGCAGGCAACGAAACACUUUACUUGGUCGUGACUCACAAGCAAGCAAGCACAGCCCACGGUUCUUCACCACCUCAUUGUUUGGUCGGACCGUAAGCAAACCGGUCGUGUGUUGUUGGCUCAACUUUUAAAAAAUUCUUUUAUCGAAAUAAAAUGACGCGCCGGUUAGUGUUUGCUGUUCUCGUCCUGCAGGUGGCCCUUCUGGCGAUGGCACAAGACGAAACCACCACCGAAACCGCCGCCACCACCUCCGUGGAGCCCACGAGGGCCAUCCUCAAGACCUCCACCAAGCCCCCGGUGGUGCACAACGCGCUCAAUGCCUCCGAGGCCAUCGCCAACACCACCAGAAAAGUGGAAAAGAACGCCGCUUCAAGAGUCACACAGCACUUUGUGAUAGUGGCGGGUCUUGUGAUGAUAGCAGCCAGUGCCAUUUAGAUUCUUUUAAUAUAAUAUAUUAUGCCUUAUUAGAGUUUAGUACGGUUUUUAAUGGAAAAGUAUCAGAACACUAUCAUGUGAUAAAUUUUGGUAUUUCACUAAUUAAAUGUAAAUUCUCACCAAAGAAUAAAUUGUGUACUUAAA